AUGUCUUAUGAUUCAGACACACUAUCAAGCUAUUCAGAUUUCUCACGAAACUCCUCAAUCUCGUCCACCUCCUCAAGCCCCAACCACAUGCGAGUCUUCCUUGUCCAGACCGCAAAAGGUCUUUUCUCUUCCUCAGGGGGAUACAAAGCCAACCUUUGCUUGUUGCGUCAUCUUGCAUCACGUGGUCACUCGGUCCGCCAGAUCUGCUACUCGCACCGUGGCGAAGUCGAUGCAUAUGUUCGUACCAUGACUAGCAGUGGAGAGCAUAAUCCGGAACUACGCAAGAGGCGUAUGCAUCUGAGAAGCGGAUACGGAGAAGCAGGAAUCGAUCUCGCAGUCGAGGAGCUGGUCGUACAUGACGGCGUUCAGUAUGUGGCGUUGGAAAAGGAAGCCUUCGACGAAGCGUUCGGUGGUAAAGACAACAUACUCAAAACCAUGCCUAGGGAGACGGCAAACUACAUCGAGCUCCAAACCAACUUCUUCGUACACCAUCCCUGGACAUAUCUCGAAGAGCAAACACAUGAGAUGCCACUUCACCUACAUAACUGGGAUAAGAAGUACAUUGGCAUGAUCAAUCCUUGUCCUGUCAAAGGUGCUCGGGUUCUUCUCGGUCUUGCCAAGCUGUGCCCUCAGCAUGAGUUCCUGGUAUACAAGAGUUGGGGUUUCGACCAAAAGAUUGGCCGGCAGAUGGAAGCUGUCAAGAACAUCAUCCUCCGCCCCACCUGCAAGGAUAUGGAAGAAGCCUGGCGCAACAUCAAAGUGCUCCUCGUUCCCUCUCUCUGGUUCGAAGCUUGGGGUAUCGUGACAAUCGAAGCUCAUCUCCGUGGUAUCCCCGUCAUUUCAUCCAACGUAGGCGCGCUUUCUGAGGCUAUGCUCGGGCUGGACCACAUUGUUCCGGUGAAUCCCAUACAAGGUGACCGGGACGAAGAAGGCACAUACAUUGUUCCUGAGCAGGAUCUGGCGCCUUGGGUGAGGGUCGUGAACAAGCUCAUGAGUGACAAGCAGGAGUACGAGAGGCUUUCCAACAAGGUACGCAGUAUAACGGAGCAGUGGAUCAAGGGGUUGGAUGAGACUGCACUGGAGAAGUGGUUGUUGAGUAUGGCAUCUCGCUCAACCCAAAUUUGUAUGUAA